GUGAUUAUAUAAAAAUUAGACUACAGAAGUACACGCCAAAGUAGCGAAAAAUGUAUGCACCGAGAAAGAAAGUUCUUUGGUUCGCGAUCGUCACUAGAAUCACAAUAUUAAUAUUACAAAUAAUUUUCAAUGUAUUAAUCCCCGAUCAUCAAGCAGAUGCAUUUAAAAGACCUUUGGAUUCCGCAGAGAAAGUUUUCUUCCAGGAUCGAAUAAUUUAUUUUCUAUUUAAUGGUCUUACACGUUGGGACGGAGAAUAUUUUUUACAUAUUGCAAGAUAUGGAUACACAUACGAGAACAUUCUCGCUUUCUUUCCAUUGUAUCCAGCUACGAUUCGCAUCGUCACCGUUAUUUUGACGAAAAUAUUUCCUCUAUUCAACAUUCAAAGUACGAUGAUCAUUGCUGCAAUUUUGAUUAAUUUCAUAUGUUUCGUAAAGUCGGCUAUUAUCUUUUAUGAUCUAACUGAGCGUGUGUUUCAAAAUACUGUAACAGCGUACAAAGCGGCGAUACUUUAUUGUAUAAAUCCAGCUAGCAUAUUUUUCUCGGCUAUAUAUUCAGAAUCCAUGUUUGCGUAUUUGACAUUUUACACUAUGCUCGGAAGUAUCGAGUAUAUGUCCAAUAUCUAUUUUCCGUUGGCUUUAUCAAUUUUGGUAAGAUCAAAUGGUGUCGUCAACAUUGGCUUUCCUAUAUAUUUCGAGUUUAAAAAAGCUCUAUCUUUAUCUAAUUCAAAGAGAAUAGAAAAGCAUCAACGAAAACAUAUUAUCGACAUAUUAUUAGUCUUAUGGCAUAUUUUAAAAUCAAUUAAAUUAAAAAAUUAUUUCACCAUAUUAAGCACAAUGAUUAUAUCGCUAUCUCCAUUUAUUGUUUUACAAAUAUAUAAUUAUAUGAAAUUUUGUACUUCCACAUUCGAUAAGUCGUUAUUGCCAGUUAACGUUUUACAAUAUGCUGUAAAAAAUAAUUUGAUUCUACCAGGUAGAACAGAUUCAUUGUGGUGUAACGCUAGUGUACCUUUAGCGUAUUCAUACGUACAAAAGACAUAUUGGAAUGUCGGGUUCUUAAAAUAUUAUCAAUUCAAACAAAUACCAAAUUUUAUCUUAGCUCUCCCAAUAUUGUAUAUCAUGUUGCAAUGUAUAAAAGAAUUUGCUUGUGAAUAUAGGAAUGAAUUGUACUUGUUGGGAUUUUUUGAUAGCAAGGCAAAAAGCAAAAAUACUAUUAAAGUAAAAUAUCCAUUAAAUAUGUUUGUCUUUAUAGUACAUGGAGUAUUUCUAACUAUGUUUUGUUUAUUUUUUGUACACAUCCAAGUCAGCACCCGUUUAUUAGCCUCUGCAACUCCCUUGAUAUAUUGGUAUUGUGCGUUGAUCAUGUCUCACAAAGGUACCGAUCAUAUCGAUUUACAGUACGAAAGUAACGAAAAUAUGUGCUCUAAAUGGAAAGUAUUUUUUUUAUCUCAAAAACGUUAUACAUUGCAAGAUAAAUUUGUUUUAUUUUACUUUAUAGGAUAUACAAUCUUAGGAUGCUUUAUGUUUUCAAAUUUCUUGCCAUGGACUUGAUACGCCUAUAAGACAGAGAAAAUAUGUUCCCAUAUGUAUGAAACAUGCUGCCUUUGACUCUUUUUUUAUCGCAAAAACGUUUCUAAAUAAAGGCUCUAAGAUAUAAAGCUCUUGUACGUGUAAAGAAUGAAUCCUUGAAGUCGAAAACUGCUUGUAAAUAUUAUAUUAAAAUAUUAAUUUUGUAUAAAUAUAUAUUUAAUAAUAAGGAACCUAUUUUUAUAUACUCUGAAAUAAGUACACAUGUAUAUAUGUAUAGAUUUUUGUGAACUAAUGUUACUCAUUGAUAAAAUAUUUGUAACAUGUGAAACAUUACCUUCUAAUCAUUAUUUAUAUGAUAUAUUCCAUAUAUUCCAUUUACAAUCCAUGUAUACAGUCAAUAAAUAUAUUAGCUUGGUUUCA